AUGACAUUGUUGUUUUUAGACAUUGUCAUUGGCUGUUAUUGUGUCUUUUUUAUGUAUACUGUUUGCAUUAUAUUCAAUAUAAAACAAUUUGGUGUUAAUCUUUUAUUUGGAAAUAUGCAUCGUUGUCUAUUGCAGACCAUAAUGAGUGAAGUCGAAGCAACUAAUCAAGCUAUAGAACCAUAUAUAACCAAAGAUAUUGACAGAAAUGAUUACGUGGAAGCAACAUAUGAAUGUCAAAAAAUAAAUAGUAUCGGUAUGAACGUUGAAUUUGACGAAGAUGAAGUUAACGAUGAAAGUAUACUAGGAAAGGUUUUUGAUACACCUGAUGAUGUCUAUACAUUUUAUAAUGAUUAUUCAUUUUUACAUGGAUUUGGUAUACGUAGAGAUGACACAAUUAAAAAUCCUAAAACAAAUGAGCCUUUUCGAAAGAUAUAUGUAUACAACAAAGAAGGUUUCAAAAGGAUGGACAAAAAAGAUUCAAGUGAAAAUGAGAAAAAACGUCGUAGAGAUAUUAGAACCGGAUGUCAAGCAAAGCUACGAAUAACAAGACAGGAGGAUGGGAAAUGGUUGGUGGACUCGUUUAAUGACACACACAACCACGACUUGACCAUGACACUACGAAGGUGA